AUGGGAUGCGAUGGUGGCACAAUACCAAAACGUGAUGAACUUGUACGACAAAAGAAAAAGGCUGAAGUGAAAGAUAAAAAUGCAGCUAAUAUGGCUAAAUGGCGUCAUUGUACUUUAAAACAUGAUACACUUAAACAACCUAUUGUUGUUGAUUCACAUGGUCUUUUAUAUAAUAAAGAUGCUAUAUUAGAAUAUUUACUUGAUCGUAUGCAAUUUGAACAUGGACCAUCAUAUAUUAAAAAAAUGAAAGAUGUUAAAGAAUUACAAUUAACAGAAAAUUCAGCAUUUAAAUCAAAUCAUAAUGAUUUAGGAAAUGAAUAUUUAGAUGUUUAUUCAUCCCCAUUUAUAUGCCCAUUAACUGGUUUAGAAAUGAAUGGUAAAUAUAAAUUUUGUGCUAUAUGGACAUGUGGUUGUGUUUUAUCGGAUCGAGCACUUCGAUCAGUUAAUAAUCAUACGGCAAAUGAAAAACUUUCGUGUCCUAAAUGUGGACAAGAAUAUUCAUCAAAUGAUGACGUAAUUAUUCUUAAUCCAGAAAAUGAAGAUAUUAUUUUAAUGGAAGAAAGACGACAACGAUUAAAUACAAGUCAAAAAAAGAAUGGGUCAACGAAACGAAAAUUACCUGAAAUAGAAGAAGAUACAAAUGAAAAAAAAAUAAAAAUUGAUUCAACAGCAAAUGCAGAUGUUCCAUCGUCAUCAUCAACAAUCAAUAAAAAAGUAUCAACAAGCAAAGUUAAUACAUCAAAAAUUGUUUCAACAAACAAAUCAACCAGUGAGAAAUCAUCAAUUCAACAAGAUUCAACUAAAUCUGAUUUAUAUAAAUCAUUAUUUACAACAAGUGAUGCUGCUAAAGAAAAAGAAAAAAACAAAGCUCAUUGGAUAACUUACAAUCCACUUUAUUUUUAA